UCGUGAAAAGAACAGCCAGCGGUCAGCUGAAUGCAGAUUCUGUAUUUGAAAUAUCUAAAAGCGCAAUAAAAAUUUUCAUUCAAUGUCUAUAAAUUAAAAAGUAUAAUUUUAACAAGAAAGUUGUGAAAAUAAAUACCAUUUAUUAUGUUUUAAAUUGUUUUCCCAGACCGUUUUGUUUGCCAAAACGAUUUUGUGGCUUGGUGUUGGCCAAGAAUUUUCAGCCAGGAACCGGUUUCUGGCUCCCACAAAUCCAGCUAUUAAAAGAGAGAAAUUAAGAGAGUUUCUCCUUGAAGCGAGUCGUGGUAGUGAAAACAUAAACAAACCCCUUAGCAAAAUAAUAACAAAAACAAGUGCUUGAAGAGGGACAUGGCAACACGUGCAUCCCUACACGAUUGAUUGCAUUUUCUCAAAGCUAAAGACCUAUAUUUCCAAGUUAAUCAUGAGUCUGCCCCAGUUAAUCGACGACCUGCAGCGCCUUUCAGAGGAUCAGGAUAGUGCGGAUGUGGUAUUUAUUUGCGGCAGAGAUGAGCGCAUCUAUGCCCACAGAUUAAUGCUGAUGGCACGAUGCAAGAGCUUCAAGACAGCGAAGAGAGGUGAGGUGUGUCGAAUUCCCGGAUGCACAGUUUCCCCAGCUGCCCCAGGAGCCUCAACUCCAACUACCAUAAGGUUGCCCCAUGUGAAUCCGGAACUAUUUAGGCAGUUUAUUCUAUACGUUUACACAGCAAAGUUGGUUCUCCAGGACUCGCAAGUUUUUCAAAUGAUGAUGAUGGCACAGGACAUGGGCGUUGUCGAUCUGCGUACCGCCUGCGAGGAUCACGUUAUAUCCACACUAUCGGUGGACAAUGCCUGCACAUUUUUAACCGCCGUAAUGGAUAUACACGAAAAAGCAGGUGCAAAAUGCGCUGCUUCGUUUAUGGAACGCUGCAUCAUCUUUAUAGGCGAAAAUGCCAACGAGUGUGUCAAGACAAAUGCGUUCCUUACUUUGACCAAGGAUGCCAUCAUCAAGAUUAUUUCAUCUGACUAUUUCUGUUUGGAGGAAGAGGAAGUUUGGCGUUGCGUUUUGUCCUGGGCCAAAUACCAGGCGGGUGUCACCCAGCCUACUGCACAUUGGACUGAGGAAGAGCGUGCUAGAGUGUGCCAACACCUAAGUGGUGUUAUGGGUCAUGUUCGUUUGCUUCUAAUAGAUAGUCAAGUUUUUGCGGAAGAAGUGGAGCCCACGGGAGCUGUACCGAUGGAGCUAUCCCUAGAACGCUACCGCUAUGCCGCCUUGCAUGCCAACAAAAUGAUGGAUAAUGAUAAAAGACUGCAGCCCCGCUUGACUGUAGCGGUUAACAUGUUUCCUGGCUCCCAAAUCCUGAGGAAUGAUAACCUACCACUACAGACUGUUCUCAAUAAUUGGUUUGGAGUGCCCAAGCAAACCUGGAAAUUAGUUUUCAGGGCAUCAACCAAUGGCUUUGAUUCUGGGGCCUUUCAUCGUUAUUGUGAUGGGGUGGCUCCCUGCAUGGUUAUUUGCUUGGGAUCGCACGGUGAGAUAAGUGGUGGCUUUACGGAUGUGGCAUGGGCUAAAACUAAUCGGAAAGGUGGAUACAUCCAGUCCGAGAGGGCAUUCCUUUUUGCUCUGAACCCUGCUAAUGGUGAGCAGCCUGCCAAGUUCGAAAUUGUUAAGAAACCGUAUGCAAUCUGCUAUCAUCCUGAUUGCGGUCCUAUUUUCGGAGCUGGAGCGGAUCUCCUCAUCUCCAGCAACUGUAAUACCAACAUGGACUCCUAUUCGAACCUUCCGCAUUCGUAUGACGGUGCCAACGCUGCUCAUUUGACGCUCUUCGGGGACUAUAAUUUCACCAUCACCGACUAUGAGGUGUACACCGUAAACUCACCAAGUGGAAGUGGAAACAGUGGAACAAGUCAGAGCAGCAAUCAUAACCAGAACCUCUCAGCAAAUAGCCAAGCUCCUGGGGUGCCUACAAAGGCUAAGUACGAUAGAUAUUAGAAAUCGGAAAACAACAUGUAGUUGCAUCAGCUAUGCUGGCAAUAAAACUAUUUCCUUGAACAAUUCAAAACACUCGAAUAUUGUAAUCCCAGAUCCGCAACGGCUGGGCUAAUGGCAUUAGGUGUCGGGUUCA